UGGGAAGCCCUCGCAUCAUAUAGGCACACCAGCCGAAGGAUCAUAGUCGUUUCUCUGAGCCUCAUUUUUGUUGUGAGCUGCCUCUAAAGCUUGAUCGACCCUACACACACUUUUAGACUGCGAGAAAAUGAGCGGUUCAGCGAAGAAGAUCGCCGAUGUGACUUUCAAAGCCGGCAGGACUAUUGAUUGGGAAGGAAUGGCCAAGCUUCUCGUCACCGAUGAAGCUCGCAAGGAGUUCUCCAAUCUACGUCGCGCUUUCGAUGAUGUCAACUCCCAACUUCAAACCAAGUUCAGCCAGGAACCUGAGCCUAUCAAUUGGGAGUGUUACAGAAAAGGAAUCGGUUCUCGCCUGGUAGACAUGUACAAAGAGGCCUACGACAGCAUUGAGAUCCCCAAGUUUGUGGAUACGGUGACUCCUCAGUAUAAACCCAAAUUUGAUGCCUUGUUGGUGGAACUGAAAGAAGCCGAACAGAAAUCUAUAAAGGAAUCUGAAAGAUUAGAAAAAGAAGUUGCAGACGUGCAAGAGUUGAAGAAUAAACUUAGUACCAUGACAGCUGAAGAAUAUUUCGAGAAGCAUCCUGAGCUGAAGAAGAAGUUCGAUGAUGAAAUUCGAAAUGAUUACUGGGGCUAUUAGUUUGCUUUUCACAUAGAAGGUUUUGGGUCAACUUAGGAUGGAUGAUCUAAGUUCAUCCCUGGUUAGGAAUAAAAGAAAAAGAAGUACUACUUGGUUAGUUUCAAAUGUUAACUACAGUGAAUCUCAUCACUAGGACUGUAGGACAUACUAAUAUGGCCUUGCGUUUGGAGGCAAAAGAUGUUGGAGUGGAAUAUAGAUCAAAAUUCCAUCAAUUCUCGUUUUGGAAUUUGACUAGGCUUUUUGGACGUUCAAUGAUUAGACCUUUUAAAGAUGCUGAAAUACUGCUUUUUGGACAUUUGGACGUGCAACUUUCAUCAUUUAUCACUGCUGAAUGAGGGUGGCGGAAAUACUCAAAGCAUUCAUGUGUUAGAAGAGUAGUCACUUGAAGAAGAAUUGUAACAAGUUGUUUUUACCAUUUGGGUUGAGAGUCAACUCUUUACAGAAUGGAAAGAGCCUGUAUUAUAUACAAAUAAAUUUGUAAAACAAAGUCAUAUAAUCCAGGAGGAUCACUUUCAACUGUA